GAAGGUCUUGUUGAUACAGCUGUCAAGACAGCAGAAACUGGCUACAUGCAGCGGCGUCUGGUGAAAUGCUUAGAGGAUCUAUGUGCCAGCUAUGAUGGAACUGUGCGGUCAUCGGUUGGUGAUAUUGUCGAAUUCACCUUUGGGGAAGAUGGUUUAGAUCCUGCAAUGAUGGAGGCAAAAGACGGAAGUGUUUUGGACUUUAUGCACCAGUUAGAGCACAUCCGUAGCACGCAACCAUUCAACGAUGAUGAAGAGCUCAAUAAAGAAGAUAUGCAGGUACUUGAGUAG